AGAAAAGGAGGCAUCUAGGCCUUUUGAGACAAAGGAAAUUAUUCUUAAAGAAACUUUCCUUUUGUUUUGCAGAAUGAAUUCAAGAUGUCUGCAACUCUGAGAGUCAUAUUUGGAGUAGACGACGCAUCAAAAUUAAUUCUGCCCAAUGGAAUACCCAAUUCCAUAGAGGACCUUAAAGGAGAGAUUGUAAGACACUUCGGCCUGUCUGGAAAUUUCAGGCUGCAGUAUAGAGACAUUGAUUUUGACAAUGAGUUUGUGAACUUAACAGAUACUUCAGAAAUCAAAGACAAAAGCACAGUUAAAGUUAUUAACUUGCCGGAUGAGACAAUCACACUCACACUCACUAAUGUUACGCAAGAGGAAGAUGAUUUUUUGCUGUCCUCAGCAUCAGACACAGACAUACUUUCCUCCGCUGAAUCUACAUCUUCAGGUACUUCCCUUAGAUCACAGCCAUGGCCCACAAACUUUGAAAUACCUCCGUUCAGUUAUGAGGUACAGAUUCAGUUAGAAAAGGCAAAACAAGCCUUCUGCAGCAGUGGAACUCUUCUUACAACAAGUAACAAACUGAGGUCCGGUAUACUAGACGGUCUGGCAUCAGAAAUCAUCAAAUACAAAGUUUAUCCUUCUAGUACAGAGCUUGAUAAUGUGGCUCAGGCUCUGAUAACAAAGUAUCCCUUUUUAAAGGAGAAAGGAUCUGUCACUGGCUUUUAUGGCUGGAAAAUUAGUUUAAAGUACAAAAUGGCAAACUACCGCACCAGACUAAGGAGCAUUGGUUGCCCCGAGUUGAGCAUCAACGCUGUAAAAGAAAAGCAAGGUGCCACGAGUCAUGGACCUAACCAGGUUAAGAAGCCACGUAAAGCAGAAGUCAACUAUUGUCCUGAUUACCCUGCAGGCGAAACUAAAGAGAGCCUCGAGGAAGAAAGGAAAGCACUUAUAUUGGAGGUGAAAAAGAAGAACAACCAACAGCUAAUCAAAAGUAAAAUGGAACGAACCUUUGCCUAUAGAAGACAGGAAGUCGUUAAAGAUAUGCCCUUCAUAGCAGAGUUCAAAAACAGAUGGCCAGCCCUGUUUUCUGAGAGCCAGGUAAAUGCAGAAUUCACCCUCAUCACCACAGUCCCCCUGUUCUCAACCUUUAUGUCCCGACUGGAUCAUUACUCUAGCCAGCUAUUGAGGGUAUUCAAAAAGAAGGGGGGAACAGCAAGACGUGAUAUCGACAUAAUCAUUGCAGAAAUGGACAAGUGUUGA